CUCACCUCUUUGUAUCGCUUAAUCUACAGUAUGUAAUACGUACAAUCCUAGCAUGUGCACAUACGUCUAUAAGAUUUGUACUGGCUGUUUCGAAUAUCGUUCGAAUGAAUAGUUACUAUUGUCAUAACAAAGCUGUCUGGUAUAAAACCCUUGGCCCAAUGACUGAUCAAACUGGAUAUCAUGACAACCCGGUAGUCGGUGCACCUAGAAUGCCGAGCCGCCCCAUAGUAACGGACGAUACGAAGUAGACCAUGUCUCAUGUUGAGCCACAGGAAGCUUUAAUAGAACACACGUGCUCCAGCAUUGUUACGUACCGACUCUAUAUAUUGACAUUGAAUUGAAGCUUCAAAUUCGGUGAUUAUUUCGGCAAAUUCCGAGGCGCACGCCACGUGUCUGAGGGCGACCCGUGAUUGGCGGGUUGACAGUGCAAUGAUAUGUUCUGGGUACCAAGUCUGCAACGCGCAAUAUGACCACUGACACAUAAAUAAACCCACACGCACAAUGGCAACAAGAUGCCAUCAGUGUAUGAAGGUCUUUUAGACAUGAUUGCCCUCAUCUUAACCCUCCUCUCCGGGACGCCGUCCCUCGCGUCCCGAGAUACCUUCUACCCGCCCCUUAACCACACAACUUUCAUCACCAAUGCGUCACUCGGCACGUACGGUGGCAUCUACAGCGCCCCGGCCGACCAGGCCAGCCCGAUAGGUGAUGUAUACAACUACUGUACCAUGCCUCAUCCCAACGAGGAGACAUAUUCACUUCCACCUCCCGUUGCCAAUCACUCCGUUGGCGCUCGCCUCGUGUAUCUGGAGUAUCUCCAGCGUCAUCAGCGUCGCACCCCUUAUAACCUUCUUCCCGGAGGCGAGAACCAAGACUACAAUUGUGACAACAUUCAUGCGCAUCUCUACGCAGCGCCAGCUGCUCAGGGGACCCUUCCGGCGACAGUCUACGGUCAAGCCUACUCCGACCCAUCUAACCCUUUCUUGACAACAUACGUCAAUGGGUCCUGCCAGUACCCACAGCUCACGAUCGGCGGCCUUUUAGAUGGUUACCAACACGGUCGCGAUCUCCGCGCCGUCUACGGUGACCAACUUGGUUUGAUUCCCGACUCGCCAGAUGGAAAGGUCUGGUUCCGCUCCAGCUCCUCCGCCCUAACCCAGGGCUCCGCGGGCGGCGUUCUCCGCGGAAUCUUCCCCGAGCACUCCGGACCAAUCCCGCUCCACCAACAGGCCUCCGGGAUUGACACUAUCGACCGCGGGUUUUCCUGUUCCGCUCGGGACACGCUGCUCUCAUCCAUUCAAUCCACAGCGGAAUGGAACGAACAUCUAUCCGUUACUGAGCCUCUGCGCACGCGCUUAUCUACGAUGUUUAACGCUACCGACUCUUGGACUUCUACCUUCGACCACUUUGCCGACAAUUUCCAGGGCCGUCUAUGCAAUGGCUAUCAACUUCCAUGUCGCGUGCAGGAUGAAUCUGACUGCGUGACAACGGACCAGGCAAACGAAGUUUUCCGCGCCGGCGACUGGGAGUGGAACUACUGGUGGCGGACCAACGCGAACGCCACGCAAUACAUCCAACUCGUCGAAGGGCUCUUCAUCGGAGAAAUUGUGCGGAAACUGGAGGCUGUACAACAGCGCAAGUCCGACCUAGUGUAUAGCCAUAAUUUCGUGCACGAUGGCGAUAUUGGACCUAUUCUUGGUGCAUUAGGGAUCAGAUCGCUUCGCUGGCCGGGAAUGGCAUCGAACAUUGCGAUGGAGAUUUGGUACGCCGGUUUCCUUUUUUUCCUUUUUUUGUGAUCAAUCUUGGCUAAUGAGCGCAAACAGGGAAACCUCCGAACAGAAAUUAUUUGCUAGAGUUUUAUACAGUGGAGCCGCGAUUGAAACCAUCCAUGGCACCCUGGACUGGAUCCCGUUGUCUGCGUUGAUCAACAUCCUGAAGCCGUUCAUUCCAGAUGAUAUCAUCUCGAUGUGUAACUAAGACGAAUUAUUGCUCGCUCUAAUAGCUAAUAUGAUACUGUACUAUCCCCGACCAUGUGAAAUCAGUCUUCACAACAGUAGCAAUAAACCCCAUCCGAACAGCACUGAGGGAAGCGUCCAUGACAGCAAACCGCAUGCGAGCAAGGCGAUGAGCAGGUGUAGCAACCUAGCUAGGGUCAGUUUAUCGAUAGCCCUAAGAUAGCCAAGGUGACGUACGGCUUUCAUCAACCCCAAGUCCAAGAACACUCUGUGACGACUUCAAGGCCGGGAUUCUGUGACCUUCCUUUGAUGUCGUUCGUAGAGCUGCAUUCAUUAGCAUGUCUAUUCUAUCAUUGCCAAAAACAGGAAUAGUACAGGUGUAUUGAUGCUGCACCGCUCUCACCACCGAGACGGUGAGCAGCACCGCAGCGAUAGAUUUCAAGUUCAUGGCGGGUGGUGGUAUCUCAGUCCGUUCAAGAUAACAGAUAAUAUGAGAUGAAUUCAAUAUAUCUUCUAGACC